AAACGCGUGAUGGACGCUGUCGAGGAAGACGACAAAAAAGAAGCGGCGGAUGCAUACAGCGCUCAUAUAACGAAGGCACAACAGGAACGGGAGUUGUACAAUGACUGUAUACGUCGCAGUACGGAGACGCGUCACACCGCUGAAUGUGAGCGGUACCACCAUUUCACGUUUGACUUUGCCCAAAGUGGUAGCCUGCCGCAUUACUAAAGACAAAUGGGGCCCUUAUUCUUCUUGUCCCUUCGGAAGAUUAGUAUAUUUGGAUUCCGAAUAGAUGGCGACCCACACCAGCUGAAUUUCCUCAUCGACGAGAACGAGACCAUGGGGAAAGACGGUUCGAAAUCACACGGACCAGAUGCCGUCAUUUCAAUGAUAGACUGGACCCUUCAAAACUACGGCGGCCAAUCAACGUCUUGCUCCAUCCACGCCGAUAAUUGUCCAGGGGGAGAAAAAUGUGCAACCAAACCGCGGCACGAACCCGGGACUCCUCGCUAUCAGGACGAGUGCUCUACCGACUGAGCUCACCGGCUCGCGUACACACCUCCUCACCACAUGUGUAGGUAUUGGUACCGUG